AUGCCUGGUUCAACUCUGCACGCGGGGCCUGGAGGCAGUUCCAUGUUUGAUCCGGACAACAUGAGGUUCAUUGUGCUGCUUCUGUUUGUCCAGGUGUCGUUUUCAGAGCUGCCCACACUCUCCCUGCUGCUGGAGUCUCCCCCGUCUCCCAUCACCUGCCUUGCCUCAGGCUUCUACCCCAACCGAGCCACACUGUUCUGGACCAUAGAUGGAGACCUCCUGCCUGACGGCGAGGAACCAGGGGAAAUCCUGCCCACGGUCAACCAGACCUUCCAGAUGAGUGUGGACCUGGACGUAUACUCUGUAGCUGUGGAGGAAUGGAGCCGCUACAAAUGUGUGUUCGUGUUCAAAGACGGUACCAGCCAGAGUGUGAACAUUACUCUGGACAAAGAAGUCAUCAAGUUCACCGACUCUCCCAAUAAGAUGUUUCCCGUGGGCCUCGUCAUUGGAGUGAUCGUCGGUCUCCUCGUGAUUGCUAUUGUCUUUAUUGGAGCUUGCAAAUACAAGCAGCGCUACAGCAACAGGGCUCACCUGUAG